CCCACUUUUCUAUAAGUAUUCAGAAAUUUAUUUUAAUUAAGUUGUCUUUAGCCCUUUGAUUUUUUUUGGCAUGCUUAUGAAUUUGCUUUUUGUUUUUAAAGACCCCCUUAUAGAUUUGUAUAGAUUUGGUUGAAAUCACAGAUGCCAUAGUCUUCAUCUUUAUAAUGCAAGUUUUCUUUCCAGGUAGAAGGACAAGAAAUAAUGAGCCAAUGCCAUAGAAACGCAAAGGGUUAAAGGUUUUUCUUUUACUUUUGUUUUGGGUACUCUUGGUAUACUUUGAACAAAUGUGUUUUUCUGCUCAAAAUACUUGCAAAAUAUUGCAAAGUUUUCAUUCAAAAUUCUAGAGUUUUGGAUUGUUACUUUUGAGAAACUAUUUCUCACACUAGAGUUCCCUCAUAUUGUAAUAGCUUAGUAAAUGCACCUACUUUGCUCUAUGCAAAUUUAUAGUUAAAACAAAAUUAUAUGCAAAGACUUUCGUGUUUUUAAUAGUUGGAGUCUGUUUUGCUAAUUGUAGUGUACAAGGGCCAUAGUGAGCCUGAUGGAAGCUUUCCUCAGGUGAGUGAGUCCCACCCUCAAAACUAAGUGCCUGUUUCUAAAAAUAGAUUUUGCUGCAGGUUUACAAAUUAGACUUCAGCCUGCAUGAAUGAAUAGGGCUAUUCUUUUUUUUACUUGCAUAAUUGUAAUUGAUUUAAACAUGUAUGUCAGAAUUCACAGGCCCAUACUAACUGUCCUUAAUUUCUUUCCUACAGCAGUACUGCUAUAUGCCAGUCCUGUCUGCAUUCUUAAGGGUGCAGUUCAACACAUCCUCUCUAGAUUAUGGUGAAAGAGUAUUCCAAAGGAAGUCUUAUCAGAGCUAGUGUCAGAAAGAAUGACACUACCAAUUGGGCAUGAUCGUCAGCAUAGGAGAUGUCUUAGAAUUUUAUUAUUUUGUCCUAAAUUUUAAUGCUAUACUACUUGUAUAGCUAAUUAUCACUUUUCUAAAGCAUAGUGUGCCUUUGGUUUUUGUUAUAUACUGUUUGGGCUUCUUUAAGAUAUUUUGCAGUUUGUAAAGCAAAUACUGAAACUUUAACCAAGAGACUAACACAUCUCUUUGUACACCACUUUUCUUUUGUGUGCAUUGUAGUAACUAGUAGAAUAAUAUAUCUUAAGUAAUAUUUCCAUUGUAAUUGUACUUUCUAAGAAAUAGAAUUAUAUAGUGGGUCAAGAAAAAAAAAAACUUUAAAAACAUGAAGCCCUUUUUAGUAAUGUGACAUGAGAAUAUGAUUGUAGGUAUAUUUUUUAUAAUCAGAUUUUCUAAGUUACAACUGUUUAGAUGAAAAACUUACUUUAGUCAGUUACUGUAGUCAGGAUUUUAACAGCUUGCAACAGGUAAUGUUUUGAAUAUAAAUAUCUUUCCAAAGUGUUACUAAUGGUAAAGAGAUAAUUUUCUAGGCUUCUAUUCUGCUGCUUGAAGUCAGAACUGCUGAUGGAGACAAAGGCACGAAAGUGAGGGAAGACCCCUGAUCCUAAAAUGAAUGCUAGAACUUACAUGGAUGUUAUGCGAGAACAGCAUUUGACUAAGGAAGAGAGAGAAAUUAGGCAACAACUAGCAGAAAAAGCUAAAGCUGGAGAACUAAAAGUCGUCAAUGGAGCAGCAGCCUCCCAGCCUCCCUCAAAACGAAAACGGCGCUGGGAUCAAACUGCUGACCAGACUCCUGGUGCCACUCCCAAAAAGCUAUCAAGUUGGGAUCAGGCAGAGACACCGGGACAUACCCCUUCUUUAAGAUGGGAUGAGACACCAGGUCGUGCAAAAGGAAGUGAAACUCCUGGAGCAACCCCAGGCUCAAAGAUAUGGGAUCCUACACCUAGUCACACACCUGCUGGAGCUGCUACUCCUGGUCGAGGUGAUACGCCAGGCCAUGCAACCCCAGGCCACGGGGGUGCGACUUCCAGUGCUCGUAAAAACAGAUGGGAUGAGACCCCCAAAACAGAAAGAGAUACUCCUGGGCAUGGAAGUGGAUGGGCUGAGACUCCUCGAACAGAUCGAGGUGGAGACUCUAUUGGUGAAACACCAACUCCUGGAGCAAGUAAAAGAAAGUCUCGUUGGGAUGAAACACCGGCUAGUCAAAUGGGUGGAAGCACUCCUGUUUUGACACCAGGAAAAACACCAAUUGGCACACCAGCGAUGAAUAUGGCUACCCCCACUCCAGGUCAUAUAAUGAGCAUGACUCCUGAACAGCUUCAGGCUUGGAGGUGGGAGAGGGAAAUUGAUGAGCGAAACCGCCCACUUUCUGAUGAAGAAUUAGAUGCUAUGUUCCCAGAAGGAUACAAGGUACUUCCCCCUCCAGCUGGUUAUGUUCCUAUUAGAACUCCGGCUCGAAAGCUGACAGCAACUCCGACACCUUUGGGCGGUAUGACUGGUUUCCACAUGCAGACUGAAGAUAGAACUAUGAAAAGUGUUAAUGACCAGCCAUCUGGGAACCUUCCAUUUUUAAAACCUGACGACAUUCAGUACUUUGAUAAACUGUUGGUUGAUGUUGAUGAAUCAACACUUAGUCCAGAAGAGCAAAAAGAGAGAAAAAUAAUGAAGUUGCUUUUAAAAAUUAAGAAUGGUACACCUCCAAUGAGAAAGGCUGCCUUACGUCAGAUUACUGAUAAAGCUCGAGAAUUUGGAGCUGGACCUUUGUUUAACCAGAUUCUUCCACUGUUGAUGUCGCCUACACUUGAGGAUCAAGAGCGACAUUUACUUGUGAAAGUUAUUGAUAGAAUAUUGUAUAAACUUGAUGACUUAGUACGACCAUAUGUGCACAAGAUUCUUGUGGUUAUCGAGCCACUGUUAAUUGAUGAAGAUUACUAUGCUAGAGUGGAAGGCCGAGAAAUUAUUUCCAAUUUAGCAAAGGCUGCUGGUCUGGCCACUAUGAUUUCUACCAUGAGACCUGAUAUAGAUAACAUGGAUGAAUAUGUCCGAAACACAACAGCUAGAGCUUUUGCUGUCGUAGCCUCUGCUCUGGGCAUUCCUUCUUUAUUGCCCUUCUUAAAAGCUGUGUGUAAAAGCAAAAAGUCUUGGCAAGCGAGGCACACUGGUAUUAAGAUUGUACAACAGAUAGCUAUUCUCAUGGGCUGUGCUAUCUUGCCACAUCUCAGAAGUUUAGUUGAAAUCAUUGAACAUGGUCUUGUGGAUGAACAGCAGAAAGUUCGUACCAUCAGUGCUUUGGCCAUUGCUGCUUUGGCUGAAGCAGCAACUCCUUAUGGUAUUGAAUCUUUUGAUUCUGUGCUCAAGCCCCUGUGGAAGGGUAUCCGCCAACACAGAGGAAAGGGUCUGGCCGCUUUCUUAAAGGCUAUUGGGUAUCUUAUUCCCCUUAUGGAUGCAGAAUAUGCCAACUACUAUACUAGAGAAGUGAUGUUAAUCCUUAUUCGAGAAUUCCAGUCUCCUGAUGAAGAAAUGAAGAAAAUUGUUUUGAAGGUGGUGAAACAAUGUUGUGGAACAGAUGGUGUGGAAGCAAACUACAUUAAAACAGAGAUUCUUCCUCCUUUCUUUAAACACUUCUGGCAACACAGAAUGGCUUUGGACAGAAGAAAUUACCGACAGUUAGUUGAUACGACUGUAGAGUUGGCAAACAAAGUAGGUGCAGCAGAAAUUAUAUCUCGGAUUGUGGAUGACCUGAAAGAUGAAGCUGAACAGUACAGGAAAAUGGUGAUGGAAACAAUUGAGAAAAUUAUGGGCAACCUAGGUGCAGCAGAUAUUGAUCACAAACUUGAAGAACAACUGAUUGAUGGUAUUCUUUAUGCUUUCCAAGAACAGACUACGGAGGAUUCAGUAAUGUUGAAUGGCUUUGGCACAGUAGUUAAUGCUCUUGGCAAACGAGUCAAACCGUACUUGCCCCAGAUCUGUGGUACAGUUUUAUGGCGUUUAAAUAACAAAUCAGCUAAAGUUAGGCAGCAAGCAGCCGACUUGAUUUCUCGAACUGCUGUUGUUAUGAAGACCUGUCAAGAGGAAAAACUGAUGGGGCACUUGGGUGUGGUGCUGUAUGAAUACUUGGGUGAAGAGUACCCUGAAGUACUGGGUAGCAUUCUUGGAGCGCUAAAAGCUAUUGUAAAUGUAAUAGGUAUGCAUAAGAUGACACCACCAAUAAAAGAUCUCCUGCCUAGACUCACUCCUAUCUUAAAGAACAGGCAUGAAAAAGUACAAGAAAAUUGUAUCGAUCUUGUUGGACGUAUUGCUGACAGGGGUGCUGAAUAUGUAUCUGCAAGAGAGUGGAUGAGGAUUUGCUUUGAGCUUUUAGAGCUCCUAAAAGCUCACAAAAAAGCUAUUCGAAGAGCUACUGUCAACACGUUUGGUUAUAUCGCAAAGGCCAUUGGCCCACAUGAUGUACUGGCUACGCUUUUAAACAACCUCAAAGUUCAGGAAAGGCAGAACAGGGUUUGUACAACUGUAGCAAUAGCCAUUGUUGCUGAAACAUGCUCACCCUUCACAGUACUCCCUGCCUUAAUGAAUGAAUACAGAGUUCCUGAACUUAACGUUCAAAAUGGGGUUUUGAAGUCACUCUCCUUCUUGUUUGAGUAUAUCGGUGAAAUGGGAAAAGACUAUAUCUAUGCUGUGACGCCCUUGCUUGAGGAUGCAUUAAUGGAUAGGGACCUUGUGCACAGACAGACAGCUAGUGCAGUGGUGCAGCACAUGUCACUUGGCGUGUAUGGGUUUGGCUGUGAAGACUCCCUGAAUCACUUACUCAACUACGUGUGGCCUAACGUGUUUGAGACCUCUCCCCACGUGAUCCAGGCAGUCAUGGGAGCUCUGGAAGGCCUGAGGGUUGCCAUUGGACCGUGCAGAAUGUUGCAGUAUUGCUUACAGGGUCUGUUUCACCCAGCUCGGAAAGUCAGAGAUGUAUAUUGGAAAAUUUACAACUCCAUCUACAUUGGCUCACAGGACGCUCUCAUAGCACAUUACCCAAGAAUCUACAAUGAUGAUAAGAACACCUAUAUUCGUUAUGAACUUGACUAUAUCUUGUAACUUUAUUUUGUGUCUAAUACAGCUGUUUCACACCUUAAACUUGCUUCAAUCUGAUGAUAUAAACUUGUAAAACAUUGCAGACCAGUGUAGAGCUGGUCAUAGAGAAGGGGUAGAAAAUCCAGUAGCAUGAUUUUUAAUAACUUUUCUUUCUGACGUUAAAUAGUAAAUGCCAGUAGUGACCAAGGACACAGUGAUUACACACACUAUACUGGAGGGAUAUCAUUUUUUUAUUCAUCUUUAUGAAGAUUUAGAAUUCAUUCCUUGUGUUUAAAGGGAAUGUUUAAUUGAGAAAUAAACAUUCGUGUACAAAAUGCUAA